GUUGGGGGAAUGUUCCUUCAUACAACACACGUCUCCAAGGUUUGGUCCAUCUGUCGGUACCCGAAAAGCUCAGUUCAUUUUUCUUCCGUGUGUUUGAUGGAGCAAUCGGCAUGUAAGUGAAUGGGCUGCUGUCGUAUACACACGAAACCCAGCCCUGCUGAGUGGUGCAGCAUACAAAUCUGAACUGCAAUGUCAGAGAGAGAGAGAGGGAGAGAGGGAGGGGGGUGAGAGAGAGAGAGAGAGAGAGAGAGUGAGAGAGAGAGAGAGAGACGGUUUACCGGGUCACGCUUAUCUGGAGAAGGUGGGAUCGCAUCAAUUUUCGUUUCCCUUUUAUUUAUUUGUGCAUAAUAUUUUGAAACCUGAAAGAAUAAAGCAUAGGCUAGGAACGAGCUGCAAUGUAUAGCCUAUCCAACUAUGUGACCUUUGAUAACUCAAACGCAAAUACGCACGCACUGGUAUUCGGUUGAAGACGCUCUCGAAUGCGAUGGCGAGAAUAUGAAGAUGGGCCAUGGAUAUUUGUGUGCCUCACGGCGCUGAUGCAGCUGCUGUUGCCUGGUUUUGAGUGGACUGCAGGGAGGGAGGAUCCGGUUCCGACUCGAUCCAGCUGGCAUUUCUGUCUCCACUAGGCUAGAACCGGGGAAAAUAACGACAACCAGCUAACCGACACCCUUUCACUAAAAACCAGCGAGGGGAAAUGAAUAAGAAAUUAGCCAAUUUUCUUAUAAAUCGAUGAAUUGAUUGACUAAUCAAUCAAUUUACUAAGCGGGGGUAUCACGGACUCCUAGUCCACGGAUGGUAGGGGCAGACCGGGACAGAGCCGUGGCAAUCCUGCGCUUUUCUCUCUCAUUCGCCCUUGCUGAGAUUUUUUGAAUGGUCUUUGAGCGCAGCGGAAUAAAUAAUCAUUACAGUGCUGGUACUGGAGAGAAGGCCACCUUCUCCAACGCGGUUCUGCCGGGAUCUGACAAGCAGAACUCGAUAGCACACUCGGUGCAGUUCUGUUCAUUGGAGUCUAAUCGCCGCAGCGCCGGACUGGGAUCUCAGGAGAACUGUAAGUGCGUGUGUGAUCGAGGGGGAAGAGGGCCACCUCAACCUUAUGCCGCCAAGAAGCGAACCCCGAGCUGGCUAGCCCAGGGGGACGGUUAGUCAGGCACAGUGAGGGAGCCUCAAUGAGCGUCUUUUCCCUGGACGGAGUGUCAGCUCUGAGCCCAGCAAGAUUCUUUGGCUAGGCGAAGAGGGCGAGAAGGAGAAGGAAAGGCGAGUUUGGAAGUUUUGAUGCAUAUGAUCUCAACGACCAUGAUCUUUAUGAUUCUUGGGGCUUCUGUUGUAAUGGCGAUAGCGUGUUUAAUGGACAUGAACGCACUACUGGAUCGCUUUCACAACUAUAUCUUACCACAUUUACGAGGAGAAGACCGCGUCUGUCAUUGCAACUGCGGAAGGCACCACGUGCACUACGUGAUCCCGUACGACGGGGAGCAGUCUCUGGUGGACUCCUCGGAGAACUACUUUGUGAGCGACAGCGUGACCAAGCAGGAGAUGGACCUGAUGCUGGGGCUGCUUCUGGGGUUCUGCAUCAGCUGGCUGCUCCUGUGGCUGGAUGGGGCUCUGCAGUGUGCUGUGCGGGCCUGGAGGGCCAGCCGCCUGUAUGAUGCCCCCUCCUGGUCGUGGCUCCCGCGGUUCUGCAACCUGCGGGAUCUGCGCAGACGCGCGCAGCUGAGGCAGCUGGAGGACUCCAGCGGGAACAUGGUGCACAUCAAACAGAAGCUGUACCACAACGGCCACCCCAGCCCGCGCCACCUCUGAGACUGUCCUCGGCGGCGACCCCCGUCACUGCAGAGACUCCUGACAGCAGCCGUCCCCCCCCCCCCCCCCCAAAAAAAAACUGCCCCCGUCCCACACCGCUGCCCCAGAGACUCUCUGCAUCAGCUGCCCUCCUUCCCCGGCGCUCGCUGUCUCGGAGACGCCCCCCCUUCCCCCCAGAGACGCACAAGAAUUGCCCACCUGAAUCCCUCCAAGAGGAGAAGAAACUGCUAAGUAAUUCUUGUUCCCCCCCCAAAAACCCUUAACUUUUGUCUGUCGUCCAUCUUGCUUGGGGUAUUUAUUUUUGACACGGGGGGUUUGUGUACAGGGAAAUGUUUUGUUUGUGUCUGUUUUUGAAAUUUGGCAUGCUCAUAAAGAUCUGGUUAAGAGAGGGGCAGUUCCAGGGGAGAGUGGAGGCUGAUGAGUUGUUUUUUUGGGGGUGGGGCAAAAAAUGGGGGGGUGGGGGGGUGCAUAUUUAGAGCUUGGCUGGGUUUGGGGUUUGUGACGGUAGUUAUAGAUUGCUGCUUAUGUAAAUAGAGUUAUAAAUAUGGUUUAAAAGGGAAGCAAUAUGUCAGGAUGGGGGUUGUAACAGUGUUGGGGGGGGAGGGUCGUUGGGGCCUGGGUCUGUUGGGUUGCAUGGACAAAAAAGAAAUGAUUGAGGGAGAGUGAAAGAGGACAACGAGAGGACAGAGAAAUAAAGGAGAACAAAGGAACACAGGUCUGGCUGCAACACAAUGCCGAUUGAUUGGGUUUGUGGUUUAGUUCAUUAAUUGGAUAAUGACUGAAUUUAUUGAUUUCAGUGAUCUGUGACGGUAGGAGGUGGGGGGACUGGUGGGAGUGGGGUAUGGAUUAGGACUGUGUGGUACGGUUAGGGCCUAAGGGCCUAUGUUCAAUUCUGCGGUGAAAGCUGGAGGCUGCCAGGUUAGUGUUCUGGUGGAGGAGGACUGAAGGAGUUCAAUACCUGGGCCCAGUGUGCUGUACCCUGCUGGCCACCUGCUGCACGUAAGCCCACCAGCAGGGGGAGCUCUUAUUCCCUUUGUGACUUCUCAUGCAAAUGAAGCCCAAGAACAGAGCACGUGAGUGAUGUUAAAAAAAAAAAGAUGGGGUACAAGUGGACUUUAUGGGCAUGAAUGGGAGUGAGGCUGUGUUUCUGCAGUCUGACCAAAGAAUGGGCUUCAUGGCCAGUUCUGUCUGGCCACCUUUGCUUCACAGUCUUCUUCAUCAGCAGUUUGAAAAGACCAAAUGAAUGUUUCUCAGUAACGGUUCUGCGGCCGUACUGUCCACAGUUCUGUCUGUUGCUGGAGUGUCACUCCAACUGAACAUCUUUGGCAUUUAAAGGGGGGGGGGGGGGGGGAAUCACUGGGCCACUAUAGGAGAUAGAAUUUUUAAGAAAAGAAAAACUAAAAUUGCAAUUAAACCUCCAUUGGAGAAAACAAGGUACUGAUAUAUAGAUCGUUAAUAACGUGAAAUGUCGACCUUGAAAAUGAAAUUAAUCAUGAAAAUAAAACAGGGAAGCCACGUGAUUUUGUGUGACUUUUUUUUUUGUCAUUGGCAACAAAAAUGUGGUCGGUCCACAAAAACACAGCCGCUUCACCCUUUGAGCUUUCCUGGGGUGUCCAUUUUGGGGCAAGGUGCAGGGGUGGGUUGCGGGGAGGGGGGGGGGGCGGGGUGAUGGUGGAUCCUUUCUGAUCCUGAACAUCGUUAUGCAGUUGAAAGAGAGGAGAGAUGGAGAUGUAGAGAAGAAAGACAUAGAGGUGUGUUUUGGUCUUCCUGCCUGUCUUAUCUUGUCUGCCUGUGUGUGUGCCCAUAUUGAAGAACCACAAACUAGAAGUAAACUGAAAUCGUUAAAUAGGGGAUAACCCCAUAUUAAAUUUAAAAAAAAAAUAGACAUAAAUAUAUUUGAAAAGGCACAGGUUAAAUAAUUUUAAGGUAUUUAAUAAUUGAUAUGUACAGAUAUUGAAAUCAUACCCUUGGUAUGAUCUGAUGCUUCAUUAUGAUCUAGACAUAGAUACUUGGUUCCUACGUAUGGGCGCGAAUGUCCAUGCAUGACUAGCGUGUGUGUGUGUGUCCUGGGGGCCAGAGGCACAUUUCGGACCCCAGCAGAUGUGUUAAUGUUCGUGUCUCCACGUGAAGUGGAGGGGGAUUGCAUCGGACCCCGACCAGCUUGGACAAGCCCUGUCCCCCCUCCCUCUUAUCUCUGCCCCGCCCCCCUCCUCCUCGUCCUCCUCCCCCUCCCUGUCCAGACAUUGCUGUUGUGAAGAUAAAAUGUCUGUGUUUUAUUAAAAGUGCCAUUGGCGUACAACAGUGA